CAAGAAGAAGAUUAAAAGUCAUUUCACCUUCUUGUUGAAUCCGAAGAGUUGCUUAUAAUCCUCAUUAGAAAAAAAGAAAAGAAAUAAAAACUAGAAACAACCAGUUAGCCAUGAAAAAUCAUUCUACAACAAUAGUAUCAAUUUUCUUUUAAAACCUUAAAUCAUUUUUUUUGCGUGUGGUUUUUUGUUCUUUCCCAGCCAAAUCAAGGAGGAACUAAUCAAGAGAUCUGGUAUGCAAUUUGUUUGGCGGAGAAUAAAUAUAACAAAGGUGGUCGAUAGAGAAGAAAAACGAAUUUCGGGUUUUGUAGGAAAGCUAAAGAUACCAGGUGAGAAAAAAAAUUGGUGUUUCACUUGAGUAAGAAUCACAAUGGAUUGAAUUCCGAUUGGGUUACACAUGACUAUCACGCUGCUUUCUUAUUAAUCAGGUAACUUUUGGAAUCCAGCUUCGAUUUGGUUGUUUGUAUAUAUGCUGAAUUGGUUUCCUUUUGAUUGACCCGAUUUUUGGAAUUGGGGUUUUAUAUUGCUGUUACCGCCAUUGUUAACUUGAUUGCUUCACGAUAAUUAAUCAUUUUCUUUGAGUUGAAUUGAUUGAUUUGUUUUUUUCUGGUAUGUGCUUCAUGAGCGAGUUUGAACUAGCUGAUUAGCAGAGAAAACGAUACUAUAAGAAAAAAAGUCAUGUAAAGGAAAGAAAUAUCUACUAAUUCUGGAAGAUCUGAUUAGAAAAAAAAUUGUUCACUAGAAUUUGUUUGUGUUGAAGAGUUGAAAGGUUUAAUUCGCUUGAAGUGUUUAAAAAUUCUAAAAGAACUCACGUUAUAGGCAAAUAGUAAAAAAAUAAAUGUAAAGCAUGAGUCCAUGAAUCAGAGAGCUAAACUUGGUUAUGAGUACAUGAAUAAUAGAGUUUAGAGUCUAGAUGGAGAUGGAAGAGGGCGUUGAAGUGGAGAAGAGGAGAGCUAGAGCUCCAUCACUGGUGGCUGAGGAAAAACAGUAUACCAAAGCUGGGCUUACGCGGAUAGUGAUGGAGAAGAUUCAUGAUAUGUGGAGGAAAGAAGAAUUUGUGAGGCUCAAGUUCCAUGAAGUGCUUCCUCGCGACAUGAGGACGAUACAUGAAAUAGUUGAGCCAGAUAGUUUUCAUGAUCAAGGAGAGGUCCGGAUUGUUUGUGCAACCAUCGCAUUUGGGAUGGGAAUAGACAAAGCAAACGUGCGUUUCGUUAUACACAACACAUUGUCGAAAGCGAUAGAAAGCUACUAUCAAGAGUAAGGGAGAGGAGGAAGGGACGGGCUUCGAGCGCAGUGCAUUUGCUUGUACUAGAAGAAAGAUUUUAGCAGAGUCGUGUGCAUGCUGCGUAACAGACAAGGUAGAAACAUGGAUAGGUUCAAGUGUUGGGGUACUGAGUCAGUCUUUUUCAUCUGUUUGAUAUAAAUGUAUAAACAGAUUGAUUCAGAGUAACAUCUCUACACUAUAUCAACCUUAUAGAUAGCCAUACUUGUUUAAAGAUAUACACAUGGUUAUAUAGAAAGAUCAUAAAAAUUUAAUACAGUUUAAAGAAAAUAUAUUUA